AAUCGUUUGACAGCACUACUUUUUAACCACCUCAGGUAUUCAGUCAUAGGAUGGACCACUCAGCUCUCCACCGCCUCAUCUGCCUGUCCGUCAUUCUGCUAACCAGGCUCGCCACUCAUGCCACCCCAGUCAUUUUUAAUGACUCUUUGGAGGGCAGUGGACAGUGGGACUCUGGGAGCACAGACCUGACCCACACACCCACCAUUUCCUUCUUCAAUGAAUCAGUGAAGUCUACCUCCAUAGAUGGAGAAAAACAUAGCAAAUCAUUCUUGGAUCAGCUGGUGGAUUUCUUACAAGAGAACCACCUUCCCAUAAUCGUCAUUACCACAUUACUUUUUCUUAUCAUCACCAUCCUCUGCUCAGCUGCCAUCUUGAGUCGCCGAUGUAAAGUCAGCACCUACUAUCCUUGCGCUUUCCCUUCCAAGAUGUACGUGGAUGAACGAGACAAGACCGGAGGAGCACGCUUCUUCAGCGAAGUCCCAGAGAAAGCCAACACCAGCUCCAGUGAGGAGCCAGUGAAUUCAGCCAGGCAGCUCCACGAGGACAUCAUGCUGGCUACCAAGAACCUCCGAACGCCAAUCAAGACCCCAAGGAAGGAG